GUAGAAAAAGACAAACGGAGCAAGAGAGAGAGAGCGAGAGAGAGAGACCACUUUGGGAGAAGCAGAGUUUCUGUUUUCCUCUGAUACUUGUUUGUGUUCCUAUGUAUACGUAAUUACCGGUGAUUAGCGCUGUCUCGUGGACGUACAGUCUCUGCGGAGUAAUAGCUCCUUAUAGCCUAUGGACGGACUCAUUGAACGCUCAGCUCUGUCCACGGAGAGGAGAGAGGGGACGGGAAGCGGCUGCUAGAAUAGUGGAAGACGAGAUCAGGAAAGCACAGGAGCUGAGGCAGCCGAGGGGUUCCACUACAAAUACUGGAAUGGAAUAAACCAAUGGGUAACCAACAGUUGUGUGCUUUUUGUUCAAAAACGGUUUGUUUUCAUUUUAUUUGGGCACUUAUGGAUAACUUUCUUCCAACCACUUUUGACGGAGUUUUCAAACAGAGCAGUGAAGCUACUUCAGAACGGGAUCUGUACAGCAGUCUGCUCUGCUCUUUACACACUACCUAUCUUGAAAUGUUGAUAUUUUAUGUCUAGUGCAGUCUUUGGAAGUAUGAAAUACGUAGGGAUCAAGCUGGUGUAAUUUUAUCCUUUCAGUCACAGCCAUCACUAAAAUGGCCAGUUUUGAGGCUUUGGCUCACAGCUCCCGCAUGUUGGUGUGGCCUGUCGGUUGUGUGUUUUUGUUUUUGGGCUGCUUAUCGGUGGCAUCCUCCUCCCACAGCCGCAGGUUAAUCUGCUGGCAGGCCAUCAUGAACUGUCAGACUGAGCCUGGGUGCCAUUACGCAUAUGGACAGUACAUGCAGGCGUGCGCUGCUGUUCUGAGAGGGGACAGGAAGAGGUGUCCCAGUCACUGCAUCUCCUCUCUGGUGCAGCUCAACCUGACGAAGAACGGGCCUGCGCUUGAGGACUGCAGCUGUGCUUCGGACCCCAUCUGCCGGAACACCAAGCGGGCCAUCGAGCCGUGCCUCCCCAGGACUAGCAACAUGGGCUGCACCGAGGCCCGGAUGCAGUGUGAAAGAGACCAGCCGUGCAGCUCUGCCAUGCGAGACUAUUUAAUCUACUGCGGGAAGCUUUUCAGCGGGGCAACUUGCACGAAUGCUUGUCGGAAUGUGAUUGCAGACAUGCGCAAAAUACCCAAAGCGGAGCUGUUGGAUUCAUGCGUGUGCGACGGGACCGAGAGGACCAUCUGCGAGUAUGUCAAGAUUAGCAUGAAGAACCUGUGCUUCGAAGCUCCUGUGACGGUGGAGGACGGCAGCGGGUCAGAGGACUACGAGGAAGAUGAUGGGGACUUCCCGGUGUCAGAACCAGAGUUCGUGGGGAGGAGCGCCGGUUCAGGUGGCUCUGCUGUGGGAACCUGUGGUGUUGUGACAACGGUGACUGCAUCUGUCCUGAUUCUACUAGUGCCUCUUCUUUAAACUCUCCUCAUAGUAAAACAUAUAUAUGUAUAUAUCAGACUGUUGUUCAGAUAAACACAUUGAUGGCCUUACAAACUCAGACAGUUGUUCAGACCAAGUUGAAACUCUUGCCUUUCCAAACAGACGCCAGUCAGUCUGGCCCAAUGCUAUUGAAGGAAGAAGUUACUACUCCAAAGAAGAGCAAAUGUAAUAUUUGUUACAUAACCAAACUUGCUUUUUUUAAAGAAUGACUUUUUUCUGUACUGAAAGAUAUCGAAUCCAGUUAGUAUUUUCUAUGCAAAUAUUAUAUUCAAUAACAUCAUGGAACCUUGUUGUAUCACUGGCCUGAAGAAAAAUGUCCUUUAUUUAAAAAAACAAUCAGAAAUGGAGACAUGGACAUCCAGGCCUGCUGUAGACCAUUUCUAUACUACAUGUCACAUCAGGCCUGCUGUAGUCCAUUUAUAUACUACAUGUCACAUCAGGCCUGCUGUAGUCCAUUUCUAUACUACAUGUCACAUCAGGCCUGCUGUAGUCCAUGUAUAUACUACAUGUCACAUCAGGCCUGCUGUAGUCCAUUUCUAUACUACAUGUCACAUCAGGCCUGCUGUAGUCCAUGUUUAUACUACAUGUCACAUCAGGCCUGCUGUAUUCCAUUUCUAUACUACAUGUCACAUCAGGCCUGCUGUAGUCCAUUUCUAUACUACAUGUCAAAUCAGGCCUGCUGUAGUCCAUUUCUAUACUACAUGUCACAUAAGUCCUGCUGUAGUCCAUUUCUAUACUACAUGUCACAUCAGGCCUGCUGUAGCCCAUUUAUAUACUACAUGUCACAUCAGGCCUGCUGUAGUCCAAUUAUAUACUACAUGUCACAUCAGGCCUGCUGUAGUCCAUUUCUAUGCUACAUGUCACAUCAGGCCUGCUGUAGUCCAUGUAUAUACUACAUGUCACAUCAGGCCUGCUGUAGUCCAUGCAUAUACUACAUGUUACAUCAGGCCUGCUGUAGUCCAUUUCUAUACUACAUGUCACAUCAGGCCUGCUGUAGUCCAUUUCUAUACUACAUGUCACAUCAGGCCUGCUGUAGUCCAUUUCUAUACUACAUGUCACAUCAGGCCUGCUGUAGUCCAUGUAUAUACUACAUGUCACAUCAGGCCUGCUGUAGUCCAUAUAUAUACCACAUGUCACAUCAGGCCUGCUGUAGUCCAUGUAUAUACUACAUGUCACAUCAGGCCUGCUGUAGCCCAUAUAUAUACUACAUGUCACAUCAGGCCUGCUGUAGUCCAUAUAUAUACUACAUGUCACAUCAGGCCUGCUGUAGUCCAUUUCUAUACUACAUGUCACAUCAGGCCUGCUGUAGUCCAUAUAUAUACUACAUGUUACAUCAGGCCUGCUGUAGUCCAUUUCUAUACUACAUGUCACAUCAGGCCUGCUGUAGUCCAUUUCUAUACUACAUGUCACAUCAGGCCUGCUGUAGUCCAUAUAUAUACUACAUGUCACAUCAGGCCUGCUGUAGUCCAUAUAUAUACUACAUGUUACAUCAGGCCUGCUGUAGUCCAUUUCUAUACUACAUGUCACAUCAGGCCUGCUGUAGUCCAUAUAUAUACUACAUGUCACAUCAGGCCUGCUGUAGUCCAUAUAUAUACUACAUGUUACAUCAGGCCUGCUGUAGUCCAUUUCUAUACUACAUGUCACAUCAGGCCUGCUGUAGUCCAUAUAUAUACUACAUGUCACAUCAGGCCUGCUGUAGUCCAUUUCUAUACUACAUGUCACAUCAGGCCUGCUGUAGUCCAUUUCUAUACUACAUGUCACAUCAGGCCUGCUGUAGUCCAUUUCUAUACUACAUGUCACAUCAGGCCUGCUGUAGUCCAUGUAUAUACUACAUGUCACAUCAGGCCUGCUUUAGCCCAUAUAUAUACUACAUGUCACAUCAGGCCUGCUGUAGUCCAUGUAUAUACUACAUGUCAACAGAUGCGGUUCUAUUUUGUUACACAGAGAUUAAACAAUGCAAGGUUUUUAUAAAAAACAGUUCACUGCCUAUAUUUUAAUAUUUUAACAUAAUAUCAUUGAUAUUGGGUGACUGAUGGCCAUCUCUAUGUAUUUAAUGAAACUAUAUGGUGGACUUGUACAUAUUGUAUAUUGGUAAAUAAAUGCAUUUUUUAAAGUAA